UCCGUAGACAGAAAUGUGCCAGACGGACUGUUGACUGUUGAGUUGUUCCUAAUGACAAAGCUUCAGGAAACAUUUACUUACGGGAAGAAACAUUGUUUAAACUGAACAUCCGGAAAAUGUGACUCCGCAAGCUUAGUACCGAGCCCUUUUUUUGCUCUGGAAUUAUUGAGUAGCCUACCAUUGUUGCUAUUAGCAGUCAUUUGUAGACAUGCUAAAUAACAGCGUAACAUAGUUAUUAAAAGCAACAACCUUUCUUUGCUCCAGCUGCUUAGACCUGCAGGUAACUUGGUUGUUACCACCUGAGCUGUCAUGGCCAUGGAGGGGAAACCUGCUUCCGGAAACAGGAAUGUACUGCGUGUUCUAAUAUAUUUUGGGCUCAAACCUGCAGCUGUGGCUUAUGCCAUGACUACACUGGGGUCUUGCAUGAUAAACAAUAUAUUCAGCUUCUACUAUGUCAAACUUUUUCUCAAUAAGUACAAGAUAUCAGAGGGAGCAUUCCACCAAUCACAAGUGGUGUACAUGGUGUGGAAUGCAAUCAAUGACCCUCUAUUUGGAUACCUGCAAGAUAAUUCCAGGGUUCCCUGCUGCUCUCAGCGACGUCUCUCCAUCCUGUAUGGCGCUCCCCUGUACGCACUGGCUUUUCUUAUAGCCUGGUUCCCAUGGCAGACUUACGCCCCCGGUGACUGGCUGAGUGGCGUUCACUUGACAGUGUCGCUGUGUGCUUUUGACGCAAUGCUGACUUUUGUGCUGCUGGCACAAUGCGCGUUAUUUGCAGAGAUUUCGGGGCAUCAUCAGAGUCGAAUAAGACUUGUGAAGUACAGCCAGGUGGCUUCUCUCAUUGGUUCCUCAAGUGUCCUCUUCUGUGGUGUUAUUUCCAAGAACAUGGAAGACUUUGCAUCCUUUCAAUCCUUCUCAGUGCUGGUCGCCAUCCUGAGCUGUGGCUGCAUGCUCUACACAGGCUUCCACAGCGAGAGCCGCUUUGACCAAGUAUCUGAAUCAGAUGCAGGGGGAUCUGCUGACCAGAAUUCCCAUCAAUCCGCAGUGUCCUUCUCCAUGUUAAAAUCUUUGACGUGGCAAAUUCUGAGCAACAGGGACUUCCAGCUUUUUGUGUUCAUGAACUUCUUCCAGGUGUUCGUGUUGGCUUUUUUUAAUAACUUUACCAUGAUCUUUACUGAGCACCUGAUUCCUCCAGAUGUGCUUCCAUCACUUGCCAAGAGCAUCAUGUACGGAGCGGGAUUCAUCUGUCCACAGCUGUUAGUAUUAAGCUGUCAGAGUCUGCUCCACAGUCUCGGCUACUACAGGAUCAUCCUCUACACCUUCUACAUGCAAUCUGGAAUGGCGGCUGUCAUGCUCGCACUCGGUCCUCAGCACUAUUAUAUCCUGGCUUUUUUCCUCACUGUUAAUAUGGUCGUUAUCCAAGCAGCCUUCAGUCUCUUUGGCUUGCCUUUGGCUGACAUCAUUGACAAAGACAUGCAGAAAUACAAGCGCAGUUCCCCUCUCUCCUCCAUGGUGUUUGGGACAAAUGCUCUGUUCACGAAGCCGGCUCAGUCUCUGGCCCCAAUGAUAGUGCUGAAUAUCCUCAACCAGUUUGGAUAUGAACACUUGAAGGAUGCAGAAAGGGAUUCAAAUCCAAGUGCCUGGGGGAGCCUCCACAGUGUCAUGUUCUACUUGGUGUGUCUGGUGCCCCUAUGUGUUGCUGCGCUGCAAGUCCUUUCUUGGAGGCUUUUUUCCAUACGCAGCAGUCACACAGUUGACACAAAGUACCUCGAUAACUGACUUCAAUAUUUUCAGUGUUCAUAGCUGCGGUUGAUCUUUCAUCAGGUGGAAUUUGGGGAACAUCUUUUUGUGUGAGAUUAUAUUUGGGAGAAUUUGGGUUUUUACUGAACAUUACUUAAAACACAGCUGUAAAGCAUCUGUGUUUGCUGACAGGUAACACCAACAAGACACACUGUCAAUCAUAAAUGUAUUUGAAGAGGUGAAAAUAUAACCUUUAAAACACUUUCUGGAGAAGUGGACCAAACAUACUACAAUUGUAAUGUUAAUCAGGAAGUCAAUAAAGGAAAAAGAGACA